AUGAAUACACUGCAGGACCUCAUUUUCAAGCCCGUCCGCGUCGCGACGUCGAAGCCAGCGCGCCAAACCUACCUCAACUCCCUUCUCUUCCUGAUCUCAUCCGCAAUCCUCUUUGGUGUCGCAGUCUUCGCCUACAUCCUCUUCUACUACUGCUACAUCCCCCAAAUCGAUAUCGAUCGUGUCAUCCACCUACAAUACGGGUACUUCCUCCAUCCCAUUCCCAUUCCUUAUCCCUUGUUCCUUAAUCCUUAUUCAACUACAAGCAAGCAUCUAACAUCUACCACUCCCCUCCUCAGCGAUGGCCCCCACCCCUACGGCAUAGCCGCCCUCUCUACCUCCCUUACAUCCCAACAAGCCUACGAUAUAAGCCUCUCCCUGCAUCUCCCGCGCUCCCCACCGAACCUCCACCGAGGCAACUUUAUGCUCUCCCUCUCGCUGCUCUCUCCGUCCUACACGCCCCUCCCUUCCACCACCCCGAUCGCCGGGCCUACACUCGCUCUGUCGAAAGACCACGUUCUAUUCUCCUCCCGCCGUCCUGCAAUCCUGACAUACACUUCACGCCUGGUUUCCCUCUCAGAACGCCUGUUCUCCUUACCCCUCUAUGUGCUCGGUCUGAAGCACGAGUCUGAAGUCCUGCACAUCCCUAUGGCGGAAUCCGCCUCUUUCCUACGAGGGCGGAAGAAUAUCCCUGCCUUCGCGAUGCUAGAGCUUCAAGCGGGGCAGGAUGUCCAAGUCUACGGUGCCCGGAUUACAUUUAAAGCCCGCUUCGGGGGCCUGAGAUGGGUGAUGUACAACCACCGCAUCAUGUCAUUCGUCGUAUUUACUGCCGCUUUUUGGAUAUCUGAAGUCUUGUUUGCAGCUUUGGGGUGGUUGCUGGCUCGGAUGGUGCUCGGAGGUAAGGACGUCAAGACGGAAGUUAAAGAGGAAGGCGAUGGCAGCGCUGUGGGUGUUAAAGACGAUCAAGGGGAAAGCGAUGAGCCUGAUCUUUCGGAUACGCCGCGGACGUUCCCUACGUAUGGUCGACAGGCGCCGUUAAUAUUUGUGCCAAAAAUCAAGGACGAGCCGCCUGUUAAAGACGAGGAUAGCGAGGAAUUUGUUGCGAUGGAGGGCACGGGGCUGGUGGAAGCGGAUGACGAGGACGAUGAGGCAGUUGGUGACUACAGGAGAGGAAUGACCGAUUCGGGAAUCGGUACAAGUCUUAGUGAGGGGGGUGAGAGGGUUGGUCUGAGCAGAAGGAGGUCGAGGGGCAAGAGGAACUGA